AUGAGCAUUGAUCUAUCCUUUAAGAAUCUUCAAAUGCUUGAUUAAUCUUUAAAUCUUAAUAAUUAUGUAAUCUCAUAAUUCCAUUCAUAUUUAGACAAUAUUAAAUUUAUAAGGCAAUAAUUUCAAAGGUGAAUAAAUUUAUAUUCAAUAACUCAAAGUUUAACAUCUCAACCUUUCAUUCAAUAAUAUUGAACAGAUGUGGUUACUACCUUCCUCCUUAAUUACAUUAGAAAUUAAUAAUAAUUUAAUCCAAAAUUUAUCAAGUAUGAAUAAUCCAUGAAUUUAAGAUAUCUCACAUCUCAAAAAUUUGAAACAAAUUGAUUUAUCUAACAAUUUAUUAUAAAGUGUUCAUUGGUUUAGUAAUCUGACCUAAAUAACUCAUUUAUUUUUAAAGAAUAAUAAAGUAAAUAUAAAGAUAUGUUAGAUUAAAACAAUAGAAUAAUUAAAAAAUUUACCAUAACUUGUUGAAGUAGAUUUAGAAUGCAAUGAAUUAAAAAAUGUAGCUGAAGUACAUUAUCUAGAAACUUAAUCUAAAAUUAAUGUAAUAAAUUUAUUUGGAAAUCCUGUUUUUGAAGGAUUACAAUUAAAAGUAUUAAAUGUAGUUGAAAGUAAAUUUUAUUAUAUCUAAUAAUAGAAAAUUGUCAUUGUAGAUCAGAACAAAUAUAUAAUCAAUCAGAAAUAUGUAAAAAGCGUAAUUAAUAAAUUGAUGAUAUUGACUUGUUUGAUGAAUAAUCAAGUGAAAAACAAUAAGAUCUCCAAACUUAAACAAUGACAUAAAAAAAAUAUACAAAGUCUUUAUCUCCUUUAAAUAAACAAUUACCAUAAUUUUAUGAUCCAAAGUCAAGUAAAUAUGUAACAUUUCAUGAUGUAUUAAGAUAAAAAUAACGUAACAAUACUAAUACAAAUUAUGAUGUUAAAUAAUAAAAUGUAACAACAACAAAUACUAAUACUACAAUUAAUAAUAGAUAAAAUAUGGAUUAAUUGAAACAAUAAAAUGAAAACUUGAAGAAAGAUUAUAUGAAAUUAAAAUAAAAAUUUGAAUAAUCAUAAAAAUAGAAUUAGAGUUUUUUUUAAGAAAUUGAGAGCUACAAAGAAUAAUUAAAUGGAUUAUUGUUAUAGUUUAAUAUUCCAAUUUAAGAAGAAGAAGCAUCAAUUAGAUCAUUAUUGGAUUAAUUAGAAUUAGGCUUGAUGACUUUUUUAAAAGAAACAAGAAAAUAAAAUUUAGAAUAAAUCAAUAGUAUGAUGAUAAGAAUGGGAAAUAAGGUAAAAGUAAUGAGCAGUUAAAUAGAAAUUACCACUUUAAAGAAAUGUUGUGAAUAUACAGAGAAAAUAAAUAAUAUUGAAUUAGCGUUAUCUAAAUUAGCUGAUGUAGUUGUAGAAUAGUAAUUAUUAUAUCUAUUAAAUUUUAGAAAAUAAUAAAUUAUAAAAUUACAAAGAUAAAGAGUUCAUUCACCUUUAUAAAAAUAAUGUUUUACAACAAGAUAUCAUGGUAAAAAUCCAAGUGAACUUGAUCAAAUGAAAUUAAAAACAUUAUUUUUCAAGUCUCCUAAUGUUUAGUAAUUAGAUAAACCUCUUAAAACUUAAGGAUCUUAAGCCACUAGUUUAUCAUAAUAAAUGUUAGAAACACAAUAGAAACCAAAAUUAUAUAAAAAAUGA